UCCCCUCCUUAUACAUACCUAUACUAAGUUCCUGUACAUUCACAUACGGAUCUACACCAAUUCGAUCAGAAAUUUUGAUAAAUUAUCUGAACCCUUCAACCAGAAGUUAUCAGGCCAUGGGAAGAGCACCAUGUUGUGAUAAAAAUGGACUCAAGAAGGGCCCUUGGACCCCUGAAGAAGAUCAAAAACUCAUUGAUUUUAUACAGAAACAUGGAUAUGGAAACUGGCGAAACCUUCCAAAGAGUGCUGGGCUUCAGAGGUGUGGAAAGAAUUGCCGUCUAUGUUGGGCUAACUAUCUAAGGCCUGAUAUCAAAAGGGGAAGAUUUUCAUUUGAAGAAGAAGAGACAAUAAUUCAACUGCAUAGUAUAUUGGGAAACAAAUGGUCUGCAAUUGCUGCUCGUCCAGGAAGAACAGAUAAUGAAAUCAAAAACUAUUGGAACACCCACAUUAGAAAAAGGCUUCUUCGAAUGGAAAUUGAUCCAGUGACUCACAGUCCUCGCCUGGAUCUUCUUGAUUUAUCCACUGUUCUAAACUCAUCCCUCCACAAUGCAUCCCAUUUUAAUUUCUCAAGAUUAUUAGGGAUGCAGAAUAUUAUAAACCCUGAUUUGCUAAGGUUAGCUACUUCUAUCUCAUCAUUCCAAUCCCAGAACCAGGGUUUUCCUCUACAAAAAAAUGUUCAAGAAAAUCAGAUUUUUAAUGAUCAAGUCCAAAACCAGAUGCCCUCAUUAGUCCAACCUUGCCAAUUACUACAAACCCCAGUUCAAGAUGAUCAAUCCCAACUCAUGAUGCAAUCAGACAGUGAAAAUUUCCCACAAAAUGUCUCACUGAACGAAUGGCAAAGCAGUGGAUUUUUGACAGAAGAUUAUGUACCUACAGUCACAAAUUACGACUACUAUGGGCCGUCCAAUCAACCCAUCAUCAUAGAUCCUCCUCCAUCUGAUGAUCAGACUUCAACAUUUCAAUCUAAUAUCUGCAAUACUUUCAGUUUCCAAUCCAUUUUGUCGAAUAUAUCAACGCCUUCAUCAAGUCCAACUCCAAAUUCAACUUAUAUCAACAGCAGCAGUACAAGUCAUGGAGAUGAGAGAGAGAGUUACGGCAGCAACAUGUUGAAUUUCGAUAUGGACGUAAAUGAAUUUAUGCAACUUCAUUAAGAAACCAGUGUAAUUAUCUUAAUUAGAGGUUUUUUCAUAUCCUCUGUGCUUGA